AUAGUGCCACCACUAAAAAACGAGGAAUAUCAGCUGUCGAUAUAUUGCGUGCGGUUUUCUAAAACGAACAAUAAUUAAGUAACUUUAACGAAGUAAUAAUUUUAAAAUAGUCUUGAAGUACAAAUAAAAAAAUGGCUGCUCAGUUUUUCAAUCGUAUUGGCCAAAUGGGUCUUGGCGUUGCCCUGCUGGGCGGUGUUGUCAACUCCGCAUUAUAUAAUGUUGAUGGUGGCCACCGGGCGGUAAUUUUCGAUCGAUUCACUGGCAUCAAGGAGAACGUGGUCGGCGAGGGAACACAUUUCUUCAUUCCCUGGGUGCAACGGCCCAUCAUCUUCGACAUUCGCUCGCAGCCCCGAAAUGUGCCUGUGAUAACCGGCAGCAAGGAUUUGCAGAACGUGAACAUCACGCUGCGUAUCUUAUAUCGCCCGAUUCCCGAUGAGCUGCCCAAGAUUUACACCAUUCUGGGUCAGGAUUAUGAUGAGCGUGUGCUCCCCUCCAUUGCCCCUGAGGUGCUCAAAGCUGUCGUCGCUCAGUUCGAUGCCGGCGAGCUGAUUACUCAACGUGAGAUGGUCUCGCAACGUGUAUCUCAAGAGCUGACUGUGCGUGCCAAGCAGUUCGGCUUCAUUUUGGACGACAUUUCUCUGACGCACUUGACCUUUGGCCGCGAAUUCACACAGGCUGUUGAAAUGAAACAGGUUGCACAGCAGGAGGCCGAAAAGGCCCGUUUCGUGGUCGAAAAGGCCGAGCAACAGAAGUUGGCUUCCAUUAUUUCCGCUGAGGGUGAUGCCGCUGCUGCCGAUUUGCUGGCUAAAUCUUUCGGAGAGGCCGGCGAUGGUUUGGUUGAACUGCGUCGUAUCGAGGCUGCCGAGGAUAUCGCUUACCAGCUAUCCAGGUCACGUGGAGUUGCCUACUUGCCCAGUGGACAAAGCACGCUGCUCAAUCUGCCCUCUACUCUGGCGCAGUAACGUGUGUGCUUUAGUCGAAUAAGUUGUAACUACCUGUAGCAUUUAUUAAGUACUUUCGAUUUUGUUUUAUAAUAUCCAUACAACAUGCAAUUUGUAACUCGUUUGCCUUCUGCAGCAGCAUUGGUCCAAUACUUGAAUCACUUUUUGGCCCGAUUCUGAUUCUGUGCGCAUUCGCUGUUCGACUUUUUUGUUCGUCGACUGGACAGCUAAUCGCGUAUCUGAAAUCAAUCGUAUAAAUUCUCUACUGAAUCCAGACAGAAGAAGACCGCUAAGUGUUACAUCUUGCAAGACUUAUGAAAAAUUUGUUAUGUGAACAAACUGAUCCAAUACAAUAAAUACAUAUUAAAUAUGAAAUUGUGGAAUACCAACCUAACUACCAAAA